ACAAUACACAAGAGAAAGCAACAAAACAAGGGUCAAUUGUUUGGUAGAUGGGCUUAAGAGUGAAGUCGUGGAACCAUCCCUCCAUCUUCAUUCCUAAACAACUGUUUCGUCCAUCCCAUUCUCUCCGCAGAUUACCAUCUUCUCUUCACUCUCCCAGUUUACCAACCCACAGAAAACCAUUCGCUAGAGCGCUUGCCACUGCAGCACCACCCAAAAUGGUCAAAGCUAUUAGGGUUCAUCAGCUUGGUGGACCUGAGGUUCUGAAAUGGGAGGAUGUGGAGAUAGGAGAGCCAGGUGAAGGUGAGAUACGUGUGAAAAACAAAGCCAUUGGGCUUAACUUCAUUGAUGUGUACUUCAGAAAAGGGGUUUAUAAGGCUCCUUCAAUGCCAUUCACUCCAGGUAUGGAGGCUGUUGGAGAAGUGGUGGCUGUGGGCCCUGGAUUAACUGGUAGGGAAGUUGGAGAUAUUGUAGCCUAUGCUGGCAACCCUAUGGGCUCAUAUGCUGAAGAGCAGAUCCUUCCUGCAAACAAGGUUGUACCUGUUCCUUCCUCCAUCAGUCCUGUUAUUGCAGCAUCUGUUAUGCUUAAGGGAAUGACUGCUCAGUUCUUAGUCCGACGAUGUUUUAAGGUUGAACCUGGGCAUACCGUCCUUGUUCAUGCUGCAGCUGGUGGAGUUGGGUCUCUCUUAUGCCAGUGGGCAAAUGCCCUGGGUGCUACUGUCAUUGGAACUGUCUCAUCCAGGGAGAAGGCAGCACAAGCGAAGGAAGAUGGAUGUCACCAUGUCAUAAAUUAUAAGGAAGAAGAUUUUGUGCUCCAUGUUAAAGAUAUCACAUCAGGCACGGGUGUUGAUGUUGUCUAUGAUUCUGUGGGGAAAGACACCUUUCAGGGAUCACUGGCAUGCCUCAAGACUCGUGGAUACAUGGUGAGUUUUGGGCAGUCAUCAGGUACAGUAGAUCCAGUGCCAUUGUCAGCGCUUGCACCAAAAGCACUGUUCUUGACAAGACCUUCCCUCAUGCUCUACACUGAAACUAGAGAUGAGCUGCUUGAAACUGCUGGAGAGGUAUUUGCCAACAUUGCUUCAGGUGUCUUGCGAGUUCGAGUAAACCACACAUACCAUCUGUCUGACGCAGCACAAGCACAUGCAGAUCUUGAGAGUCGAAAAACAUCUGGGUCAGUCGUGUUGAUACCAUGAAGCAAAUGCUUAUUUACCAGCUAUACUGGACUCUUUCUUUGAGGGAGUUACUCUGGGUGAACUUUUUUUGUGCUAGCUUGUGUAUGAUAAAUAAAGUUUGUUAUAGUAGUUGAAAAAGGAAAUCAAAACAUGGACGGGUAAUUUUCAUUAUAUCUAAUAAAAGGUUUUGCAUUUGCAUCA